UAUGGAGAUGUGGGACUAUAAAUAGGAGGGAUGAAGCCAGCACAGAUCAGAUUGUCUCUACACAGACCUCCACAGCACACACAUCCAACCAUGGCACCGACAAUCACUGCAGCAAUGACCAACUCUGAGGAGCAUCUGACUCUGACACACAAGCUGAGAAAGCCUCUGGUUGAGAAGCUCCGCAGAGAGCGAAUCAACAGCAGCAUCGAGCAGCUCAAGUCUCUCCUGGGUCCAGAGUUCCUGCAACAGCAGCCAGACUCCAAGAUGGAGAAAGCAGACAUCCUGGAGAUGACAGUGUGUUUUCUGAGACGACCGCAGCAGCAGCAUCACGUUGUGGACUCAGCAGCUGUUGAUCAGAUCCACUCCACAUGUGUCCAGGAGAUGGUGAACUUUCCUUCUGCAGAGGAGCUGAAGACACCGUCACAGCUGAACCACUGCAACAACAGGCAGUUUUCCUCAGAUAAAAUCCUAACAGAUCCAGACUUCUAUGUCCACACCAGCAUCACCAAAGACAAGAGUCCAGUGAACAGCGCCCCCUGGAGGCCGUGGUAG